AUGUCAAAUCUUUGGGAUAAUGUACGAAAACAUACAAGACGCUGGUCUGCAGGGCCGGCAAAGCUUCAAAUUGGUGGUGUUUUAGAUGAGAAUGCUAGCCAUCCCAUCAAAAUGCAGCUCGGCGAUGAAGUAUUGUGCUACGAGCAUCAUCAGUGGUAUCAAGGCAAGUCUCAGUGUUAA